UAGAAAGUCUCUAAAAAUAAGUACUAAUAUUUAUGGAUUUACAGUUAUAACUGCUGUUGUUACUGACAACAAAAAAGGAGACAUAGCUAUUUUAUUGUAACAGUAUAAUCGGAGUACAAUUAUGUGAAUUUAAGUUUUAAUUGGAGGUUCAUUGCUCCAUAAAACGACUUUGGGAAUAACCCUAAAAUAGCAAGGAUGUGGGAGCCGCUGAAUAUCGUACAUAAAAACAACAUUCAAGGUUAAGUCUGCUACGGGUAGUUCGGAAGAAGCACAGUUCGUGAGGAAUUUAAACAUUUUUAAAACAGUCAAAAAACCUUUUCAAUUACAGUCGGGUUAAAGCAAAUGUGUGUCGAUAUUGAAUCAACUUUGCCUUUAGACUAGUCCUAGAACGUUUUAUUUAGUUACGUUCUGUUGCCUUUAUUUCAAAAUAUACAUAUUUGAGAGGAAAUGAUGUCAUAAACCCGUCGCCAUACUGAAUUAGUUCGCCUCCAUAUUGUAAAGAGAUCAUUCAGCUAACAAGAAGUUAUGAUAAAUAACGAAUUCAACGAUUACGAUCUGGGAAAUGGCACGAACGUUACUUACGACACGAACAAUCUCGAUUUCAACUGGAACGAACUUCUUCCGACAUUAAUUGUGUAUAGUGUCACGUUUAUUUUGGGCCUCACAGGCAACAUACUAAUUGUCUUCACUACUUACAAAUACAGAAGAAUGAAAAGCGUUACCAACGUUUUUUUGUCUAGUUUAGCCUCUUCCGACUUGAUUUUGAUCAUUGUUUGCAUUCCAGUAAAGGUGGCAAAACUAUUUUCAUAUACAUGGGAAAUGGGCGCAGUAGUUUGCAAAGGUAUACACUACAUGCAGUAUGUUUCAGCUAUAUGUUCAGUCUUGACAUUAACAGCAAUAAGUAUAGAAAGAUAUUAUGCAAUCGUACAUCCUAUGAAGGCAAAAUAUGUGUGUACGAUUAGCCAGGCGAAAAGAAUUAUUCUUGUAAUAUGGAUACUGGCGAUCAUUUUGGGAGUACCAACUUUAAAAGCACAAUUACAUCUACCAGUCGGUAAAAGAAAUGAAUCAAAUUACUGCGUCAGAGGUUGGGACGAUAACCCAACGAUUCACAAGUUUCACGAACUUUAUAUGUUCAUUUUAAUAUUUGUUGGUCCUUUUUGCAUCAUGGCAUUUUCUUAUGGAUUAAUUUGUUGGGAAAUUUGGAAAGUUAUAGAAAGAAGAUCUACAAUGACCAGUGACCAAGUUUUAUCUCGUCUUCCUGGGAAAUAUACAAUAUCUCAAAAUAAAAAGUUGAUCGAGAAUACUAAUAUAAAUAAUAGUAACAAAACAAAAAAUAGUGCUAGAGAUGAUACUACCGUAGUCAAGCAAGUAAUAUGUAUGUUAGUAACAGUUGUAGUGCUUUUUGCAGUUUGUUGGACUCCUAUGUUGAUAGAUAACGUCCUAACGGCUUAUGGUGUGCUACCUUUCAUGAAAUUUGGAACUAUCAAAUAUAUGUCGAACGCAUUUUCCUUAAUGGCCUACUUUAAUAGUUGUAUUAACCCAAUAAUAUAUGGGUUUAUGUCUAAGAGCUUCAGAGAUAGCUUUGUUCAGGCAUUGUGCUUACAGAGAAGAGCUCUACAUGAACGAGCAAAUAGCUACAGCCUUCGCCAUGUUUCAACAAGAGCAUCAUCUGUCAAAAGUAUUGUAACAAGAACUGCGUCAUUGAAAUGAAAUAAACUUAUGGGCACUGCUCUUUAAUUUCUGUAAAUAUUCAACAGCAGUCCCAAAAGUUAAAACGUAUUUGUACGAUUUUCUGAAAGUGUUUACUGUGAUAUAUGUAUGAUUAUUAUUUAUUGUGUCCGCUAAUAUGUGGAGAAGCUUCGGUUCUCAGCAGCAUCUAGUAUAAUAUGUAAUUUAUCAGAUGUUUGCUAGUUUUAUAAAAAGCUUUUAAUAACAUAUUUUCAUCUCAAUUUCUGUAAGAAGUAUUACUAAACGAAAAAAAUGAAAAAUCCAUUGAUCAUUUUUACUGAUCAGAAUAAACGUGUUGAUCAUUUUUAAAAUUAUGAGCAUUGUCGACUGUUAACAAAAAUGCUAAUAAUUAAAACAAUCAAUCGAAAAACAUACUAGGAAAACCAAUUGAAUACCCUUACAAUAUACGCCGCAUUAGUGAUGUCAUCACACCGUUAUUUUUAAUUUCCGGGUUACAAACUUGAUUUAAGCCGGUACCACCCCAAUACUUAUAACGUUGGCCGCUGGUAUGAUCGUGUGGUCGUAGUGCGCAUAUCAUUCGACGAAUGUUUUGCUUCCAACGUUGGCCAUGGAAAGUCAGUAUUUUUGACCCGCGUCAAUGGGAGAACACAACAUUAUAAUGAAGUUGAAACAAACACAAGUACAGACACAUGAAAAAACCAAAGUAUUCAGUAUCAUCCAGUUUAUAUUAAAAUAAUUUAUGCUGUUAAUAACUUUUUUGACACGAUUUCAUUACUUUACCCAAGUUUAGGUAAUGUCCAUCCAACGUUGGAAGGAGAAUGUUGGCGCAAACGUUGGACGCAUCAUGUAGUGCCGGCUUUAUACUCGAAACCCUAAAACGAAAAUAUAUCUUGGCAUAUCGAAAAACUUAUAUUGUCAAUAAAUUUUGAAAUAAAUUUUUUCGAAGGCUUGUAAUUCAAACAAAAAUAAAUAUUUUGAGGUAGUAAUUGAAAAACUUAUUUUGGUAUCAUUCGAUAAUGAUCAUUCUUUACUAAAUUUUUUCUUCUUCUUCAUCGUACGUUAGAACUUAUUGUUAGUCCUGUGUUUGUAUCAAUGGUUGCCUAGCUGCAGCUGGGAUGAUGAAGACCAGCUUUCAUACCAUCACGUAGGUGAUCGGGAUUUAUUCGGUUUUUCUUUCUUUGCAACCUUUGCCAACCUGUCAUCUCACAUUCUGUACAGGUGGUCUCUCCAUUCCCUUCGCCUAUUUCUCGCCCACCUCACUACAUCCUGGAUUUAAUUGGAUAAAAUAUUAAUCUCUAGAAUUGAUUUAUUUGGAACCAAGAAACUGAAUAAUAUUUACGUCACACUAAUGCGGCGCAUUGGAUGCCGUUAAUAAAUUGAUUAACAAUUUUAUAGUAAUUUCAAGGUACCCUACAAACAUGAAAAAGCUGUACCAUAGAUGAUUUCCAUUAAUAUCUUUGAUUUGAAACUCGAAACAUUACUUUUGGUACAUUCCACUAAGCGUUCACGGCGCCCGAAAUACUCUUUUGGGCCUUCCACAUAGCGACUACGAUUAUAACAAAACCUCUUAAAGUUUUCGCUUUAUUUUUUCUAUUUUGCCAUUCGUUAAUAUUUAUGUCAACGCUCAAAACGCCUCGUAAGCCAUUCCACUUGGGUUUACGAUUAUAACGCUCUGGUGGAACGGGAAAUACUUUGGUAGUGAACGUGAUCGUUAUGAGUGCUAAGUGGAAUGCAUCCUAUAUCAUGUGAAUUGUUUUGGUACAUAAAUAGAUAAAUUUCUAAAAACAAAAAUUUGUGAAUCCCAUUUUCUGCAAACACCUACAAAGUCGUGGAUAUGUAGAAUCUGUACAUCUAUGAAAUAUUAAACAUCUCGUAUUCUAAUAAAUUUUACAUUCCAUAAA